UUCCUGUCGGCGCUGCGCACUGCUGCCCGCCGGAGCUGGGGCCGCCGGGAGCGCGCUCAGCCCCCGCACCCGCGGGAAUGCGGCCGCCACAGGGCACGGCGAGGCGGCGGCGGGUAUCUCGUGUGACUGUCCAGUUCAUCAUUCAGCUCUCCCAAACUGAAGACUGAGGACCGAGCCUGUCACAGGCUCCUGCAGUUGGGCUUCUGCCAACAGUACAGAUAACUGACCAGCUUGUUGGAAGAUGACGUUUAUUCCCGCUUAAAGCUGCUGUUCUGAAAACAAACAGUAGAAGAAUGUGGAAGAAUUCAAGCCUCCGCUGCCUUUUAGCACUAGCUAUUUUAUGCUUAAGAAGCUUAGUAUAUUGCCAAGAGAUAGGUUCUCUAGGGCACCCCCAGAAUUUGAAAUGUGUAACGCACAAUUUACACAAAAUGGUCUGUACUUGGGAUGUGUCUCCUAGAAGAAGACAUGGACAAACUGACUUUUGCUACACUACCAAUGACCUCCCCACUCCGGUGUGUUUUAAAACUAAGGAGAAAAGGGUUGAGAUUCCAGUCCCACAUAGCUCCAGCACAGUGACAAUAACCACAAACAGCAUCUCUGAAACCAAAGUAUUUAAAAUUCACAAGAAAGAUGUCUUGUUUAUUCCUGUCACUCCACGCAUUCUUAGUUUAACACCUGACUUUUCAACUUCCACAUUAAAUCUGAAGUGGAGUGAUAAUGGAUCACUCUUCCCAGACAGACUGGAUGCUGUUUGGCAGAUUCAGAUACUCCGAAAAGAAACAAUGGAAAAAGUCACACAAGUUACUUACCACUCAAAACUGACUCAUGAAGACAUCAUUCUUUCUUGGAACUGGACAUCAGAUAUGCCUUUGGAGUGCACAUCGCACUAUGUGAAGAUUCGCUGUUAUAUUAAUGUAACACAGUUUGUUGGCCUCAAAGAGUGGAGUGACUGGAGCCCAGUAGAAGUGAUCCCUGGAAAAGAUACCGAUCCCGGUGAGAGUGGAGUGUUUCCUCUGGACACUGUGGUGGCAGUAGGUUCAGAUGUGACAUUUUGUUGUGUCCAUGAAGAAGGUCAGAACAUUACAAAUAUGAGUUAUGGAUCGAAGCCCUACCCAAUGAUACAGCUGAGCAGUCGGAGCCAUGCAAUCAGAGUACUGAAUGCCAGUGCUUCAGAUACCAGUGGCACAAAUGUAGUGUGCAGACUCAACAACGGAAUGAUGGAGGGAACUGUCCUGUUUGUAGGAUAUGCUCCCGAUAUUCCUCAAAACCUCAGCUGUGAAACACCCAAUUUCCAGAUAAUAAAAUGCACCUGGAAACCUGGCAGACCCAGUGGACUCUAUGGCAAACGAAGAACAAAGUACAGUUUAUUUGAAAGAACAUCUGGUAAAAAUGUUUCGUGUGAAGUCAAUGAAAUGAACAGAGAGCGUGUCUGUGGCUUUCCAGUACUACCUGAUCAAAAAACCUAUGAUUUCAUAUUAGGUGCCUCCAAUCCCAUUGGGCAAGCAGAGUCAUCUCUUUUGGUUGAUAUAACUCAAAGAGUUCAUCCAAAAACCCCAGAGAAGUUGACUGUUUCUGAAAACAACUCUACAAGCAUUCAUCUGCGUUGGUUUAUAAAUGGCAGCUUUGCUCAGAUCAGGCUUCUGUGUCAAAUUGAAAUUAGGAGUGGUCACUCUGAGCAAAAACUACACAAUAUCUCCAUGCCUGGUGGGAAAUCCUCGGCUUACACAGCUCAUCUGAAUGCAUUACGCCCAUAUACGAAAUACCAGUUCAGGGUGCGCUGUUCAGCCGCUGACCAGUUCUGGAGGUGGAGUGACUGGAGCAGGGUAGAGGAGUACACAACAUCAGAAGCCCCUCCUGCAAGAGGACCAGACAUUUGGAGAGAGAGAAGUUCUUCUGGAGAAAGUCUGAAAAUCUUCUGGAAGCCCUUAUCCCUUUCUGAAGCCAAUGGAAGAAUAGUGUCUCACGAAGUGUCCUGCUACCUGCUAGAGACACCACUGGUGCAUAAAGUAGUCACUGAACCCUCAAACAGUACUGAGAUAAAACUUGGAAAAAAUGACUGUGUAAUUAGCGUUGUAGCCAAAAACCAAGCAGGCUCGUCGCCUCCUUCAAGGAUAACAAGCGUGGAGCUUCCAACUGACAAUAUCAUAGCAGGACAGGCCGUGGCAAUGGGUAAUGGAAUUAAUGUUUCUUGGGAUUCUUACCCCAACAUGACCUGUGGCUACGUAGUAAAAUGGUGUCAUUCAUCUGGGUCUGAACCCUGUAGUGUGGACUGGCAGAAAUUUCCUUCAAAUACAACAAAUGCAGUGAUAAAAUCUGCUCUGUUUAAACCUGGCGUGAGAUACAACUUUUCAGUGUAUGGCUGCAAAUCCACUGGAUAUCAGUUGUUGAAAAACAUAACUGGGUAUAUGAAAGAGCUGCCGCCAAAAAGUGCACCAAAUUUUACUGUCGAAGAAACUUCUUCAGAUUCUAUAUUGGUAAAAUGGGAAGAUAUUCCUAUUGAAGAAUGCCGGGGGUUUCUAAAAGGGUAUCUUCUUUCCUUUGCAAAAGGUGAAAAAGAUGCUAUAAAGCCUAGACUUUCAGAAUCAGGGAAUCCAGAACUUAAAGUGAACAAUAUCACUAACUUAACACAGAAGUCUAUGAAAAUACUUGAUCUUCAAGGCAAAACAAGUUACCAGCUGGAGCUACAAGCCUACACUGCUGGUGGGUUGAGCCCUCCAAACAGCCUCUAUGUGGUGACAAAGGAGGACUCUGUAGGAUUAAUCAUUGCAAUUCUCAUCCCUGUGGCAGUGGUGGUGCUGCUUGGAGUGGUGGCCAGCAUCUUCUGCUAUCGAAAGAGGGAAUGGAUUAAAGAAACAUUUUAUCCAGAGAUCCCGAAUCCUGAGAACAGUAAGGCACUGCAGUUUCAGAGGAACAUCUGCGAGGGGAACAAGACGCUUAAAACACUGGAAAUGAACCCAUGCACCCCAAAUAGUGUUGAAGUGGUGGAAGCACAGUCUGCAGCUCCCAAGAUCGAAGACACGGAGAUGAUGUCCCCAGCAGCAGACACCACCGUGCCUGAAGAUGGCUCUGACUCAGAAAUGGAGAAUCACGUUGUUGUGUCCUACUGCCCCCCUAUCAUUGAGGAGGAGAUCUCAAAUCCCCCUACAGAUGAACCUGGGGGGUCAUCUCAGGUGGUUUACAUUGACAUCCAAUCAAUGUAUCAGCCUCAAAUUAAAUCAGAGGAGGAGCCAGAAAUAGACGUAGUGACUACAGCAGGCUAUAAGCCACAAAUGCAGCUCUCUGUCAGUGCUCUGAACACAGAGGGUCGCUCACCUGUGGAGGAAGAAUUGGAUAAAACUGCAGGUUACAGACCUCAAGCAAACACAAAUGCCUGGAACAUGGACACUCCAGACUCUCCUGGAUCAGUUGAAAGCAACAAUGAAAAUGCAUCCUUUGGGAGCCCAUGCUCCAUUAAUUCCCGACAGUUUCUUCUUCCCUCAAAGGAUGAUGAAGACUCUCCUAAACCCAUUAACAUAGGGUGGUCCUUCACACAUUUUUUUCAGAACAAACCAAAUGAUUAAUAGUGACUCCUUGCUGCUCCUGAACCUGCCUUCCAAAUAAGCUUUUAUUCCUGAUGUUGUAAAGAAAGCAAGAAGAAAAGUGCAAAAAGCAUGAAUUAUUCUUGGAGACAGUCAGCAGAAGUUCUAGUGAGCUGAAUGUUAUCAUGUUUGAGAUAGUGAAAGUGUUAAUAUUCCAUUGUAAUAGAUGCCGAAAGGCCAAAGUUAUAGCAAUUUAGUUAUUACUCUAGUAAAAUAUAUUGGAUAUAAGGGGUAUUGGGUUUAGAGCCCUUAUAAUCAUAGUCAAAGAACUCUGCCUACCUUCACAUAGUGCUCCAAGAGUAACAUAGUCUCAUGCAACUUAUAACUUGGAAAGAUUGCUUUGCUUUGUUGUAGUUGUUCUCAACCAUGCAGACUCAAAUGAUGCAGCCCCAACAGGUUUCCUUACUGAAGGUUUCAUUUAUCACAAAUCUCAGCUUAAUACACAGAAACAGUGUAGUUGGAAACUGUUGAGAUCUUUUACCUAGUUAUAAACCAAAAGCAAAUGAGAGUGCUAUUUUUAUCUUCUCCCAUAUGGAAGGUUAUUGUCACUGUUUAACACUUCUGAAGCAAUGGCCAUUCAAACCUCUUGCUUUUUAACUAGACGCUAGUUUCUGUCCCUACUGUACAAUGUUUAUUCAAUGUUUGACUCAGGGGUACAAACUUGGGGAAAAAAGGUGUAACACUGAUUGAAACCUCAAUAAGAACUGCAUAAAGUUUAAUUUUUUUUUUUUUUUAACUUAGGAUGCUCUAUAUUUUUUCUGUCCUAUGGUUAAGGAGUUAAUCUUUCCUAAGGUGUUGCACUAAUGCAUUUUGUAUUUCAUAGCUUCUGCUCCAGACGUCCUGCUUCAAAGUGGUACAGUAUUCCAUUCACCCUUUGUGUCCAGCAGUCUUUGCACUAUGUGGUAGUUUAAGCCAUGAGGAAAUCUCUGUCCGCUCACAUUAGCUGUCCAAGCAGUUUGGCAUGUGAAAUUAGAGGUAGUAGUACUAGCUCCUUGAGAGGAAAUUGCUCUUUUGAUGGUCUUUAUUAUAUUAGCUUUGUAUUACCUGCUGCCUGGCUGAUCUUAAGUGUCUACCCCACAGAACCUUCUAUUCAAAUCCUACCUGAGAGUACAAGGUAGGAUUUCUCUAGUGGCAGGGAGAAACCCAAGGAGGUUUUAGUGCGGCUAUUUCUACCUCUCCUUUACCAGAUAUGUGAUGCAAAGAAAGAUUAAAUUAUGUACAUUUUUGUGCUUAAAGGAGUGUUGAGAACAAUCAUCUUUUAACGUGCUUGUUUUCACUUUUGCAUCUCUAGACAGCUGUAACUGUAGUAUUUCACUGUGUAAACUUCAGACUGUGGCAUACAUGAAUUUCACUAGUGUACAGGAGAAACUUUCUAACUUACCUGUUCAUUACUGUAAAACACAGUGAUGAGGUGUCAGAUGUUAAACAGCUUGAUCAAAAAAGGUCUCCAUAAAGUCUUAACCUUUUUUUUUUCAGAUCUCCAUUUCAUUAGCUACUUUGUGGGUAAUUGCAGCAAUGGAUGGUGCAGUUUCAGCUGUUGGCAUGUCUCUGCCAUCUUCAUAGAAUGAAAAACUGACAAAAACGCACAACAUUAAUUAGGAUCCAAAUCAUCAUCAGUAACAACUGCUCGUGUGUGCCUCCUGGAAGAGUGACCUGUGAAGAAGUGAAAAAUAGAUCAGUCUGCAGACCUGGCAGAGGUGGCAAGGUGUCUCUGAAAAAAACAUAAAGCACAGAUAGGAUUUGGCUUUUGAGGUUGAGUCUUGGAGUAUUAGGGCUGCAAAAGAAAAGACAGGCAGCGCAAAGAGCUGAUGUCCAUUUGUCACCAGACAUCAGCACAAGAGAAAGUUUCAUGACCUUUUAUUCAGAAAACUAAACUAAUACACGAAAGGAAGCAGUUCUACCCAUUGUGCUUAAUAGUUAAGAGGUGGCUAAAUCUUAAUAGUAACAAAUCUUUUUCACAAUACCUCUCUUUUAGAGCAUUUCUUUCACUAGUGUAGAUUUGGCCUAAUGUGUUUAUCUGCUAAGAGGAAUUUUAGCUUGUGCUGCUAUAUGCUUUUAAUUGAAAGCAGAAGAUGUCAUGGACAGUGUAUGGGUAGUGGUUUGCAUUUUUUGUAAAGCAGUUUCUCAAUGCAGAGGAGCAAUCAGUAUUGUACGGUGAUCCAAAUGAAAAAAACUCUCUGUAGCAGAAGAGCUGAUCUUGAAGAAUAACUAUGCUUUUCAUAUGGCUGUGUAUUGCAAGAAGCAAAAUCAAACUGAAGUUUGAGAGUACUAGCAAUUUUUUAUUUGGCAGACUGGAAGUCAGGGUGGCUGCAGAGGACACACUGAGCUCACAGGGAGCAGCCUUAGACCAUUGAGUGCUCCCUUGGUGAAUCACUUACACACAAGCAUCACAUACUCAGGUUUCUCUGUACGUUGCUCUUCCUAUUCAGUAAAGGCAACAACAUUUUAAGUUGUUUCAUUUCUAAGUGAAUAGAUAGGCGAAAACCCCACAAAUAUAUGGUUUGCCUUGAUGCUUUCUUAUCUAAUUAUUCAUAUUUUUAUUUUUUUUUUUAAACUCUGACCAUACCUUUUAUUUGACUGAUGUUCUGACUCCCAGGAUGCAGGGCAGAAGAGUCCAGUAUACAGCAACGUCUUCAGUAAGAGAAGAGUGGGGCAAACGUGGGAGAGACAGAGGCUUGUGCAGUAUCUGUAGCAUCAUUAUUGCUUAAUAGUUAUGAACCAGCAAGCAGUUGCCAUUCCAGCACUUGGAAGCUCAGCUACUUCACUGUGGUUUCCUUUGAGCCUAUUCAGUGCUGCCAGUGAGGGCUCCUUUCAAAUGUCUGUCUUAGAUUUUCAGUAGUGAAUCCAAAUGCUAGAUGGGUAGUGAGAGACUGUGUGCUAAUGUUGUGAUCAUGUGAGGACACCUCUAGGUGCAUGGAGCAGUAAGGAGGAACGACAAGGACUGUCAGGGAAUGGACUUGCUUUCUGAGCCCAAGUGCCAUGUUAAACUAGUAAAACAUCUUUAGGAAUGUCUUUGUACCAAAUUCACUUUCAAAUCAUGGUGCUCUUUAGCCUCUAAAUGCUUUGAUAACAAUUGUAAACUUCAGAGGGGAUCAGAUUUCUUGUACUAGUGCCUUUGGGCUUCCUGGUGAGCCUCUUCAGAUAAUUUUUUUCUGAAAAAUACCUUAGGAAGCUUAAAGUACUGCAUUUCCUUACCAUCACUUUCUGAAAUGUCUUGUUCCUUUAUAGAACAUCUAUUUUGUUUUAUUUCUUUUGCCUUUUCACUUCUCUUUCUAGAAGAAUAGAAAGUGCAGCUUUUAAAAAAUUUUUAAAAAGAAAAAACAAAACAAACAAACAAAAAACAACAACAAACUUUCAGAAGGGAUGUGACCAGAAGGGAUUAUGUCCAAAACACUAUUAUGCCUAACUCCGUGCAUCAAUCCUCAAGUUGGAUCAGUAUUCAGAGAUGUAGGGUAUUAAUGCCAAGCAAUUGCUUUCUAAAGGAAAUCAUCAGUUCUGCUGCUUUUUAUUUUUGAGCCAUGCCUGUCAUAUGUGACAAUUUGGGGUUUGUAAUGGGUUUUUUGUACUCUUCACUGUAUGCAUGGAACAUCAGUCAUGUUUGAUGUAACAUUGUGCACUCUCCUAUUUGACACAUUCAUUAUUUUUGUUGUUCUGACAUGCAGUGAGAUCUGGGAUCUCAGGUUUGUGUGUUAAAUUUUGGGGUGGUAGAUCUGCAUGUGAUAUACCUCACAGAAUUACUAGUUAAUAUAUCAACAAAAUAGUAAGCUAACAUUACAGGCAGGCGGUGAAUUACCUCCCUUGCUAUGCAGUGGUUGUAUAGGCAGACUUAGAACCUGAAAACUGAUGUUUGCUGUGGUAAGCUGUCUUUGUUAUCCCUAGUUGCUGCUUUCAUGGGUAAAACAUUUCCAAAGGGAACCAGUGGCUGUGUUGUCUGUCGUGGCACAAUUGGCAAAUGUGCCAUGUUUCUUCGUCUUUGGUUAUGUGGGGGACCAGAACUUUCCUUGGCUAAGAACACGGCAGCAGCACACUCCUGCUGACCUCAAGUUCUAGGCUGCUCUGAAAAGGCACAUCCAAGCUGCCUUUUUGUUUUUGUUGUUGUUGACAGGUUCAGGAGUAAAGCUUAGGGCUGUGAUGUUUCCUGUGAUUGUGUCCUCCAGGACACUCAUUUGAACAUGAAAUGAAGGCAACUGAAUGCAUUGGAGGGAGAAGGCAUUUAGACAUCACUCUGAAAAGGCAAUGAAAAUUGUAUGCUCUAUUUUUAAAUAAAUACUGCUUUGCAAAUAGAAUACUGGUAUCCCUAUAAGUAGAUAGAAAUAUAGUAAAAGAAUUUUGAAUACAUUAGAAAAAUGUAACACUCAGAGAAUGAGGCUGCUACCGAAGCUCUGUGUACUAUAAAUCUAUGGAGAGCUUCCCAUGUAAAUAGCAUCUUCAGUUCCACCAUAGAGUUUGAUGAAGAUUUCAGUGCAGAAGACAUUAAUAUUUUUAACACUACAUCCUAACACCCUAUGGACAUAUAUGCCUGCAUGAUUAUGUACCUCUGCAUAUGACAGAGGAAAUUGGCUUGCAAUUGCCAGAGUGAUUUUUUUUUUUGGAGUCCUGUCCAUGAAUAUAUGCCUUCUGAGAUGCAGUUUCAUGUAGAGGAAGCAGCUGCCAUCUGCACUCCUCCCAACACACUGCACAGUGCUAGUGAUGCUAUGCAUUAAGUGGUGCCCUGUGUGGCCGAUGCUCAGAGAUGCUGUUGGCAGUUCACGGUAUUUGCUAUUGGCUUUUUCUUUGCCUUUUCCUUAGCAAGCCUGGAAAUGCAGUCCCAGAGCCCACAUGCUAGACAAGGAUUCAGAAAUGUUGGAGUGUUGAAAAACUAAUUUCAUUAUGUUUAGGACUGUCUCAAAGUCUUAAAUAUCUCCUUAGAAGCUGGAAAAGUUUCCUCCAUAACUAUUUUCUUUCCCCUCCCCCAUUUAUAUAACUUUGGAUUUUCCCCAGUGUUUCUAAGAUAGCCAGUGUUUGUUUCCUUUCUGCAUGUUAUGCAAAUAAACCUCAGAUGGUAUUGGCAGGGUUUCUGUAACUUUACAAGUCGUCCCAGGGUGCAUGACAAUACUUUUCCCCCACAAAAAUUCUAUUAAUUCCUUCUGCUUUUACAAUAAUAAAAAUAUCUCAGAGAACUUCUGCAUUUUGGAGGGCAGGGAUUCAGCAUCCCCAUGCAGGUGAGCUGUUCUAGUAAAGUGUUUUGUAAGAGGAUGGAAAUAAUCCCUCUCACCCUCUUCUUGAGACAGCACUGCCCAGAUGACUUUGGUGCAGCAGAACAGAUGAAAUCCUUAUUUUUUAAUGUGAUACCUAACAAAAUCUCUAGGUAGGUUUAUGGACAGUCCCAAAUCUGCACUUUGACUGUUGCUACAUGAGUGGAGGUGUAUGCACAACUUCUGUAAGAAGCUUCAAUACCUUUGCAACUCAUUUGGUCUCAUGUUGUGCAAAAUGUAGCGAUUAAAACUUACCCAGGGACAAAGCAAAAAAUGAAAUGCUCUCAUUUUUGUUAUUUGGAUUAAAAAAAACUUUAAAAAAAAAAUAGCUCAAGCAGUAAAACAGAAACUGGCAAGGUCACACUCUUUAAUAGUAAUACAAGAAAAAUAGAAUUCUUGAACAUCACUUUGUCAAUGUUUCCUUAAUGUGACUCAAGAGUGGCUUAGGAUGAACAACAAUUUUAUGUUUCAUAGGAUGUCAGAAAAGUUUGUAAAGCAGGGGAUAGAAAAAAUAGAUGACAAAUGAAUCAACUCUUAUCUGAAAUCCUACUUGAAGGUAACAGUAGUUUGAACUUUGAGCCUGUUGUGGUGCACAAAAACAGCAGAACUGGUGGAAUCAUACAGGUCACCCGAAAAAAACACACAUCAUUGUAUUAUAAUGCUGUAACAUUAAAAAUAUAUACUGUGAACAGGUUCAAUGUUUUUUUAGCUCUUUUUAUACCAUAUUUUUUACAGCAUAAAUAAUUUGUUUAGAGAUGUUUUUAUGUUCUGUUUUUACAAAGAUUUUAAUGGACUUUUGUUUAAUACUAGUGAAAAUAUUAUUUGCCAAUUUGAAAUAGUCAUCUGUAGAAAUUAAUUCUGAGAAUAUUUUGUCAGCUUGAUAUACUGAUUUAGUCUUCAUGACACACUAAAUCUAAUCAGUCAUUCAACGUAUUUUUGUUGCUGAAUGAUACUGAAGUUUUCCAGCUUCCAAAUCUGCUAUUGAAAGAGUACUUUUACAAUUUUAGCAAAAUCAUCACAAGGCACUUUAAUGAAGCUGUAGCAUGCCAAGUAAAAUACUGAUUCAAAAAGUGUAUCCUUAUGAAAAUUUAUUAGCUAAGCAGUUAAACAAGUGCAUGCUCGAAAAAGGAAGCAUGGGAUCAUGUUGGGGAUAUAAUAUUUCAGUGUGGCAGUUGACAUUUAAGACUAACCUAACAUUAAGAUACAACUUUGCAUACGUUUUAAACCUAGUUUGCUUGCUUGUUGUAAUUCCUGUUGUAUAGCUUGGGUGUCUAAAAGUACGCAUGUAUUUAACAAUUUUGCCAUACUAUUGCCAUGAAAUUUAAUAAAUAUAUUUUCUUACACUCUUAAA